GCAUCUUCUUCUUUCCUUCCCUCAACUCCAUUAACUCCCCAUUCGACUUCCUUCCCGCACUUCUCUCCUUCUUCACAGCAUGCCGAGACUCACUACCCUGUGCCCCUCGGCUCGACUCACCAAGUGAACCAAGUACGAAUGGGUCUCCCGCUAGAAUAUGGGAGCAUGCACCGCGAGCGAUACGAGGUCAGGCAUUGUGUAGAGGAGGGCCUCCCAUUCGGUUCGACUUCUGUCAGUAAGGAUGAUGGCAGACGAAUUGUGGGUACAUUAGCUGAAUUCCGCUCAUUGGAUAUCCGAGAGGAGAUCAACUCAAGAUAUUUGUUUGUAGAGGGCAUUCGGCGGUUUCGUGUUCUAGGAAGGAUUGAGUGUCUCCCAGCAUCAUUUUGCCAACUCGUUGCACAGGUUGAAUUCUUUGACGACGCCCCGUGUAGGACAGCAGAGGAGAUGAGGGAGCUACAAACGCUUUCCCGUCAUGUCAUGGAUAUGUGCGCGUCCAUCAGUGUAAAGGCAAUGAAAAGAUUAUCCUCCUCUUCAGGAUGUGAGGACCCUGUGCUCGCCUCCUUCGCUGUCGCAAGUUUGCUCAAUCUCAAGCUCAAGCAGCAACGUCGUGUUGAAGGGAGUGUGGAACUGAUCUUCUUUAAGAUGCCCAUUAACCGCCGAUACAUCCGUGUGCUGAUUGAUAAUGGCUCAACGACUAACUUCUUUUCGCCUUACGGGAUUCGUAAGGCGGGCCUGGGAAUGAAGCAAGUGGAAUUGCAGAACCCUUGUCAGACCCAGGUGGGCAACCAAGAGGUUGUCACGCACGUCACUUUUGACGAAGAUCGCACUGUUACACAUGAGCUGAACUUUUAUGUCAUGGACAAGUGUCGUUUCGACGCGGCCAUUGGCUUGGGCUGGUUAAAGGCUCAUUGUCUAAGGACGACGUGGGGGGAUAAUCAGUUCGUGAUGCGUGAUGCCAAGGGGAACGAGCGUACCGUUCUAUUGUACGAGACGCGUGAGUCCCCUGUGACUCUUUUGAGUGCAAACAAAUUCUGCAAAACAGUGCGCAGGCGCAAGGAAGCUGAGCAUGUGCAUGUAGCUCUUGUAAAGCCUCUCCAUGUGCCUUCUACUGUUGCUACAUUUUCUACCUCGGAAAGUAAUUUUACUUCUACUACCUCUACUUCUAUUCCAUCUACUUCUACUGUAAAAAAUCAAUUUACUUUUGAUCCAAGUACUUCGAGUUCAGUUGUAAUUGCUGUAAAUUCUCAAUCUGAUUUUCUCUCUCCUGAUGAGGAUGAUCCUCUACCGGAAGUCCCAUCAAACAUUCGCCGUCUAUUGAAUCGAUUUCCUGAAGUUAUGGAUGAACCUCGUGGAGUUCCCAAGCGUCCGGUCAAACACAAGAUCGAGAUAAUAGAAGGGAGUGUUCCUCCAAAGGGUUGCGUCUACCAUAUGGGACAAGGCGAGUUGGAGGAGUUGAGGAGCCAAAUUGAUGACAUGAUCGAUCGUGGAUGGAUUAGGCCUAGGACAUCAGCCCAAAACGACUUAGUCCUUACUGGCAUUCAGUACAGCGGUCCCAUGGUGGACAAGCGGGCGGCCACGCUGCCGUCCAAGUACGACGGGAAGGCAGACAUCACCUCUUGGAUUAGUUCCAUGCGGUCAUACUUCGAGGUCAUGCGGACACCGCAAGAGGACCGAAGUAUGAUCAUGGGGACUAAUACUGAGCCCGCCGUACGAAACCACAUUGAGCUCCAAGUUGUUGCUGCAAACUAUGAACGCAUAGACCUGACUGAAUGGCUGAAGGUAACCCCUGUACGCACCCUUGAGGACCUUCUCCUCGCACGGUACCAAGACAAGCAUGCUGCGCUCAAGGCUAGGCUGAAGCUUGAGGCCCUCAAGGGUCAGACAUGGAGGUCCUCCAUGCAAGCUUUGGAACAGCACUUGACUGGUUUGUUCACUACUCCGGAUUUGGGUAUGACCGAUGUGUCUUGUAUGGAUGUAGUCAUGGGAGUGGCCCCCAAAGAAUACCUCUCCCUGUUGGCACUCAAAGACCAUACCACCUGGCGAGAGCUCAUGACGGAUCUAGUCAACCUAGAGGCCAAGGACCUCGCCAGGCGGAAGAAGGCACCCGCUGCAGGUGGGAAACCACAACGCAAGCGGUUUGGAAGCAGCAACCAGCUUGCACUGCAUGAUCAUGGGGAGGCUGAAGAUCAGUCCUAUGCGGAUGAUCUGUCUGACUCUAGAUGACGAUCUAGAGCCGGACUCCG